UUACUUUCUUUAAUAAAGACUUGUCAACAUGCUUUAGUUUAUGUACAGAAGUAGAUUAAGUUAUACAACAGGCCUAGUUAUGGCUAAGCUAUCUGUUUUUAUAUCUCUGUGUAGUGAGAGAGCGCACUCUGCUCCAUUUACCUGCAAAGUGAUGUUUACCCUCAUCUCCACCUCCAUGGAAACAUGACCAAAACCGUUCAAUAUCACCUAGCUCACACGCUUGCCUGUCAUUCUGUAGUGAGGAGAAGAGGGAUCUGCCAGCGCUGAACACUUGCUUAAGUAGAUUUAAGUAGUAAUGGAGGCUCUUCUGCAGGGGCGAACAGAGAGGCUUUUCAUUGCUGCGGAGGAUUUCAUACUGUCACUUUUGUGUACAUUUGGUGAUUGGUACAACAGCUCGGGGCAGGCGGAGCGCCUUGGAAGACAGUUUGCCCUGACUAACACCUCUCGUACUGCAAUGGAGUUGUUUGUUCAAGAGUGGCAGGUUUUUCUCCCUCCUCUGCAUAUGAGGGUAUUCCAAAUCUGCCCCAUCCUUGGAUUUCUGGCUGUAAUUUUAACCACACCAAUCAUCCUGGCUCGGAUCCUGUCCAGAGCUCACUUGCGGCAGCAGACUCGUUACCUUCUCCUGACCAAUGCCUUGCUUAGUGACCUACUCUUUGUGGCUCUCUACAUGCUUGCCACCUGUUUGAAUGCAGCUACUGUGCUGAUGUCAGACUUUGCCUGUGCUGCCAUGCUUUUCCUAAUGGGCAUCUUUUACAGUGGUGGGAUCUUCAGUGCCACUGCCAUAGUGCUGGACACUUCCUUGGCUAUAUUAGCACCAUUACGCUAUGCUAUGUUGUGGCCAGUCUCCAGAACCUAUGUAGCUGUCUUUACUAUCUGGGUCAUUUCUGUCUUCUUUCCCGCUGCGUCUGUGGGUCUCUUCCUGUGGUACCAUACGAUGAGCCCCUGCGUCCAACACAUCUGUUCUCUGCCUCUGGUUCUAGUGCUAACUGUUAGCCACUCAAAGCCUCUCCAGGUGUGCAUGCUGCUAACUGUCACUGCUGUCCUAAUCACCCUGCUGCUGGUGGUCUCUGGAUAUGUGGUUCUGUACUGUCAUACCAGCAAGUCCGGAGUGUGGAGAGGAGAGCGGUCUUCACGGGCUAAAGGAACAUUUCUCAUUCACUAUCUCCACCUGUUCCUGUCUGUGUGCCCCAUGCUGCUACUGAUUAUUGAGUUGCUGCUGUACAGCUACAGCAGUGAGCUGCAUCCUAGUGUGGGCCUUUGGGUCUCAAUGGUGCUCUGCAACAUCCUGUUGGUUUUGCCCAAAGCCCUAGCACCCUACCUGUAUGGGCUCCGGUACAAGGACCUGCGUGGGGCUCUGCUGGAUUUCUUUAGGCUGAAUAGACCUAGGGCCAUAACACCUGUGAUGUGACUGCUAAUCAUUUUAUGAAGAUUGUAUAAAGGAGAUCAUUAGACCAUUUAAGUUUUCUUAGACUUAACCCUUUACACAUUUUAACCGCCAUCCUAAUUCUGAUAAAAGCCUCUUAAAUUGUAUUUUAUGUCUUUUUUCAGUUGAAAUUGUAAUUUUACCGUUGUUAGUAAAGCGAUUAACAUUCA